AUGUAUGAGCCCGGCGCCAACGGAAAGGUGGCCAAGGCCUUGAACGAGGCCACGAGCAUCCUGCUCAUCACCAACUCUCCUCUAUUUUGUUUCUUCUGUUAUACUGCGUAUUCGGACUUCAACUCGUCCCUUUACGACGCCGCCGUCUCCCUCGUGUCGCGCGGGCCUGUUGCCUUUUUCUCUCAUCAUCUUCCACAAAGCUCAUCCUCAGAUCAAUUUUGGUACAACUUGUUCAAUGGCGGAGAGCUGCAUCCUCGCACCGGACAAUUCUUUGACUGGAAGCAUUUCAACGCCAGCCGAACCGGCGGUAUCCUUCUCUGGACUCUGAUCGACCUAUCUUUUGCUGCGUGGCAGGUCGAAUUGCACCAGACUCUGACCAGUACCAUGGUCGCCGCUGUGCUGUUCAGAGCCAUUGUCGUGGUCGACUAUUUCUGGUACGAGCAUUGGUUCUUCGAGACUCUGGAUGGCUGUCACGAGCGCUUCUCAUUUUAUAGCAUCUACGGGUUUGCCGUCAUGCUGCCUCUCAUCUGGACUCUUCAAACCCAGUACCUUGCGCUGCACCCUGUUGAGCUCUCUUGGCCCCUCGUUUCAGCUGCAUAUUUCGUCUUUGCCUGUGGAUUCCUCCUCAGCCACGAUGCCAACGGACAGAGAGUGGCCUCGCGUCGCAAGUCGGGACAGGUCACAAUCUGGGGCAAACCAGCACGCUAUGUCAAGGCCCAGUACACUACCACCGACGGCAAAACGCACCAGACCAUUUUGCUUUGUUCAGGCAAGUAA